AUGCAACUCCUCGAUUUGCCACUUGAGAUAUUCCGUGUGAUUCUGGGCAAAACUGUUUCAACCCUCUAUUGCGAGGAGCUGAUCCGACUCCAACUAGUCAACAAGUUCUUUGCCAGAGAAGUCAUUGUUGCUACAUGCUCUACACACCAUUUCCGUGAUAGUGGAUGCUGGAUGCCUUUUGCCCCGUACUAUCUCCAAAGCAAGGCACUCACUCCAGGUUCAAUGAAUGACUAUUUUGCCCUCACGGUGCGAGAUACAACCAACCAGAUGUUGGGAUACCUUGCUGGGGAUGAAAAUCAAAGGCAGCAGUUAUCCCUGGCUAUCUCGCGUGCAGCAAUCGAAUUCAAGGCACCUGGAAUAUACUCCUCUUUAACGAACGCUGAAACACUUCAACCACAAAUAAGUCAAAGAAGUGAUGCACAAGAACACCUUCUAUCUGCUGCAGCAGAUAUUGGGGAUCUAGCACUUGUUCAGCAUCUCGCAAAGAGUGUGAAUGUGAACAUUGGCAGUUAUGUAUUUGGAAAGCCCUUGCUGAAUGCUGCGUGGAAAGGUCAUCUCAAGAUUGUUCAGUUCCUUUUAACCGAGGGUGCGGAUGCUGAGGACGGCGUACAGCCCCAAACUGAACAAGAUUCACGAAACGGCCACGAUGAGAAUGCAAUGGAGAAGAUAACUGUUGAGUUUGAGAAUCCAAGGCCUGGUACUGCUCUAGAAGCUGCGGCGCUGGGUGGGCAUGAACAAGUAGUGCGACUACUAUUUCAACCAGAUGCCAAAGUCUCGAGGUCAAGUUAUAGUUACUUCAAAGCAAUCACAUAUGCUGCUAUGAGUGGCAAUCUUGAUCUCCUUGGGCUAGUAAGUGAGGAAGCAGAUUUCAGUACCCUUUCUGAGAUAACAACUCAGGAGCUCUGGAACCAUACACUUAAAGGUGCAGCGUGGCAUGGAAGGACCAAGACAAUACCUUUCCUUUUGAAGGCAGGAGCGCACAUUAAUCAUGAAGAGCCAUUUGAAAGAGGUUGGACUACAGCAUUGGGAUUUGCGGCAUUAAGAGGCCAUAAUGACACUAUUCGAUUAUUGUUGGAAAAGGGCGCAGCUGUGGAUGGCGGACGAAGGUGUGAAGAGGGACCGAUUUCACUAGCAGCACAUGUUCAUGGCUUCCCUCGAACCGUGGAGUUGCUACUAGACAAAGGGGCCUCGGUCCAUCCGAUCAAGUCAAGGCUGUUGGAACAGGCAGUGAUGUACUCCCCACCAAGUGUCGUCAAAGUAUUGCUGGAAAAAGGCGUACAGAGGAGACGUGAAGAUGGGGGAGAAGCAGCUUUAGAUAUUGCAGUGGAUGAAGGGCUUGUCGCUGGCAAUGGGGGUGCAAAGAAGAAAGGGGUGGUCGGAGCCGCGUCUCCGUGGCCUGACCACUCAUACAACCAUAAGGACCACGACCAAUGCGCCCAUGCAGCUGCCAUCCUCACAGAAACGGCAGAGCUGAAGCAAAUUGCUGACCGGACCCAGGGAUUGCCUCCCAGGGAUCUAGUCAUCCGGUUUAUGAGUUCGGUUGAAGACCUUGCAGCAAAGGUGCGCGACCGCACCAGCAACAAUGGUAGCGAAGACCAUGACGGCCAGAAAAAGGUGCUUGAACAAAUCCAAACCAUGUUCGAUAAGCAGACACAGGAGAUGAAAGCUCUACAAUGGCAGCCCCCAAAAGUAACCAGCAGCCCCCCAGCAUCUAGUCCCUCCGGCCAUGCAAAAUCGUUCCGGGAUGCGGCUCUAGCAAGUCACCUGACAUCAGCAAAGUCUUCUUUGGUCUCGGGCUGGAUGCAGGGCAAUACCAACGGAUCUAAGGAGGCCAGGGUCGUGGAGCGAGCAAACCGUGCUAUUAAAGAAUCAAACAACAAUAUCAUUGCCCACCGAUCAGUCUCUACAGGCCGCAUCCUGCCCAGUGGAGACAUUAUCCUACGUGCAGAGAGCCUGGAAGAUGUGGAACAACUAGCUAGAGCAGCAAAAGACUGGUGCCUUGCCUUUGGAGACAAUGCAACCAUCAGAAGGAGGACUUAUCGUGUUGUCAUGAAUGGCGUCAACUGCCAGCUUGACCUAGCAGCUGCGCCAGCUUGCAUAAAGGCUGAUAACUUAGGGCGUCUGGCCUCUGCCCCCACAGUUAUUACAUAUACUGGAUGGCUUCUCGGCCCCCGGCACAUUGCAGAACACAAACCAGAAACAUCCAAGCUAAUUGUUGAGUUCGAUAAUGAUCGAGCUGCCAACAUUGCCAUACUGCUUGGCCUGGCACUUAAUGGCCGUGACCACCCAUGUGAAUACUACGACCAGACUCAUCGGAUCCAGCAGUGCUUCAACUGCCAAGCAUAUGGCCACAUAGCCUGA